AUGGCUUCAACCAACCCCUCCGCAACGCGCAAGCCAGCAAACCGCAUGACCGCAGAGAUUGCAGAUUACAACGGAGUACCACGUUCAACUCAAGAACACGGCACCUUCAAGUGGACCAAUCGCUCCUGGUACGCGAUCGAGGACAAGACGCCGUGCGACUACCUGAUCAAAUACGAGACACGCGGCGUGGCCAAGGGGAUGAUCAGAUUCGCGCGCCUCGAGGCCCAAACCAACGCGCCAAUCUCAGUGGGUGAGCUUGCCGUGCGUGUCGCAGCAUUGCAAGAGGCGCAUGACGCGACUGCUUUGAGCGGACUUGUGCAGGCAAAGAUGCGAUUGAAGAUCGGGCGACCUUGGCAGAGGGAGCUCAUUGCCCGUGGAUACAAAGAAGGGAACAUCUCUCAGUUGUUCUGGGCAAAGAUGGAGGACGGCGAAGGGGAUGAGAUUACGGUUGAGAAGGCGCCAGCGAAGGACGAGGAUUCGGAAGAGGAAGAUGAUGAGGAAAUGGGCGAAGAGAUGGAUGUGGACGAGGAGCAGCUCAGCGAGGGGUCCGAGGGCAAUGACAACAACGUCGGCAACCAAGCUAGCGACGACGAACAGGUGCAGACGGAUGGCUACCACGAGCAUGAGAUGGACGGCGAGGAGGGUCUAGUCACGAAGCAACGUGAUGAUGACGAAGGCUCCCUUGAAAUCGAGUUGGACACUGCAGCAGAUGGAGAGAUGGAUGGAAUGGUCAUCGACGAAGACAUGGAGCUCGACGGAAAGGCGGACGUGGACGAGAGGCAGCCGGAGUCUGCGUCACAGAGCUCCAAGGGAGACGCCAACAUCGAAGCAAGUGACCUGCAAGAGAUGCAGGUCGACCGCAAUGACGCCGUCGCCGAGGAGAUGGACAUCGACGAGGAGCUUAUGGUCGAGGCGUCAAAAACCCCCAGCGGGCACGUCAGCAUCGAGGCCGACGACACAAGCCAGACAUCGGUCAAAGACAGUCUUAGCGUUGCGGCAGACGAAGAGAUGGAUUCGGACCUGGAGCGGAUCUUCAAUGGUGAAGGGGUUGACGAGAACACCGAUUUGGCUGACUUGCAGCUGCUCUUCGCUGCUGGAAACUGCUCCACCGCAGCGACACACGAGCAGGAGCGAUGUCUACGCGAGGGAAUCCGCUUUGGAAUCCGCAAGAAGCCUUGCCAGGGCGAUCAUCGGUCGCAGUCGGUGACAGACUUGAAACAAAGCACUGAAAGGGAAGGCAUUGAGGGUCAGAACGGAUACAAGUUCUUGCCCCUUCCUGUGUCACCCAUGCAUAUUCGUUCGAACAAGUAUAUUUUACCAUAG